CAUCUUUCUUGGCAGGUUAGCAUCUCUCUCUCCCUCUCUUCUCACCUCACUCACCGCCCCCACCCCUUUCCCCCUCCCUGAUUAUCGCACAACGUCGAAGAAGAGACUAAGUUAAUAUUAGCUUCUCAACCUGCUUCUGGAAGUACUGUGCCUGGUAAUGCAAAGACAUUUCAGCAUGUCUGCUGAUCCUGCUUUGGUGGAUGAGGAUGCUUCUUCAGGCUCAGGGGAGGACUUAAACAUGUUAGAUGGACACAGUAAGCAUCAAACUGUAACACCAAAUUCUGGGGGUCGUCGCAAGAGAAGUCGCAAGGCGACUGGUGAUGCUAUAGUUGAUGCAAUGCUGGAAAUCGCAGCUGCUUCGAAGAUGAGAGCAGCUGCCAUUAUGAGGAAUGAGGAGCGCUUUGCUAUAAGUAAAUGCAUAAAAGUAUUAGAUGAAAUGCAAGGUGUUGAUCAGAGUAUCUACUUUUUUGCAUUGGAUUUAUUUGAGAAUCCAAAUGCCAGAGAAACUUUUAUCUCUCUUAAGAGUGAGAGGCGCUUGACAUGGUUGCAGUGUAAGUUUAACACUUCACCAAAUGCAGCUAACGGAUGAAAUUAAGAAUCCUGUUACAAUUCUCGACUUUCAUACGGGGGUGGGGGUUGGGAGGGGGGGGGGGGGUGGGCUUGCUAGGACUUUUACUGUAUAUUACUAUUAGUUUUUGACAUUUAUAUAUUACUGGGAGUGGCUGGAUGCUUAGUUUAAUUCGUAAAUUGUUGCCGGCUGUUGAUUUUGACUUGUUUGGUUGUGCAAGGCUGCUUGCAAGCUUUAAACUUGAUCCGAAUAUUUCAGUUGGUGAAAUGUGACAUCAUUUAGGACCUUCUAUUAA